GUGUGUGUGUGUGUGUGUGUGUAUAGGUGGAGCUCCUGUGGAGGAUAUACAAGCUCUUUCUACCCAGAACAUCAGCAUGGACAUCACCAUAUUCAUUAGUCUGGACCCUGCUGUUCUCAAGAUCCUGAAUGUGAGCACAGUGAGGAAUCUAAUGGGGGUAAACAUAGCUGAUCUGAAGCUGUUUGAGAACUCCUCAGUGGUUCAGUCCUGGGUGUCACGACAGAACCAAUCUGAUCUGAACACACUGAAUCUUGGCAUCAUCAACCACAACCCUUGUUAUGGUGUAGACAGUCACCCACUUGAUAGCGAGUUCGCAUCUGGAAAUGUUUCUGCAGUACUGUGUAACUUCAGGAUUCCUGCCUAUGCCUGUUCAUCAGUGAGUCCUCUAUGAACAAAAUACCUCUUCUCAGGUUCAGUCCUUUUACGCAGAAGAUGAGUUGACCACAGAAACCUCUGUUUCUUGUCUUUCAAGGUUG